CUGAACACUGCCCCCGCCUCCCUGCCCACGACCUCGCUCAAAAGGAGAUCUAAUAGCGCCCCCCUGAUCCACGGCCUCAGUGACACUUCGCCGGUAUUCCAGGCCGAGGCGCCGAGCGCCAGGCGGAACAGCACAACGUUCCCGAGCCGCCACGGCCUGCUGCUCCCGGCCUCUCCUGUCCGCAUGCACAGCAGCCGCUUGCACCAGAUCAAGCAGGAGGAGGGCAUGGACUUGAUCAACCGAGAGACGGUCCACGAGCGUGAAGUGCAAACCGCAAUGCAGAUAAGCCACUCCUGGGAGGAAAGUUUCAGCCUGAGUGACAACGACGUGGAGAAAUCCGCCUCCCCGAAGCGCAUCGAUUUCAUUCCGGUGUCACCAGCACCGUCACCCACCCGGGGAAUUGGGAAGCAGUGUUUUUCACCAUCCUUGCAAAGUUUUGUGAGUAGCAAUGGAUUGCCUCCAAGCCCUAUUCCCAGCCCCACCACCCGAUUUACUACCCGGAGAAGCCAGAGUCCCAUCAAUUGCAUUAGACCAAGUGUUCUUGGACCAUUGAAAAGAAAAUGUGAAAUGGAAACUGAGUAUCAGCCAAAGAGAUUUUUCCAGGGCAUCACCAACAUGCUUUCUUCUGACGUUGCACAGCUGUCAGAUCCCGGUGUGUGCGUAUCUUCAGAUACCCUCGAUGGAAACAGCAGCAGUGCAGGAUCUUCUUGUAACUCACCAGCGAAAGUCAGCACUACUACCGACUCUCCUGUGUCACCUGCCCAGGCGGCCUCUCCAUUUAUUCCCGUAGAUGAACUUUCAUCUAAGUGAUUCACCCAUCCUGAGACUGGUUUUUGUUUUUGUUUUUCCAAUGGAGAGAAAAAAAUCAAGUUGGAGCAAGCACUGAACUUUGUCGAUUAUUUUGAGGCUAUUUCCUAUCUGACCCUUUUCCUUUUUUGGAAUUUCCUGAAAUGUUGUUAUUCUAGAGAACUUCUAUGUCAGGUUCCUGCGGAUACCCUUGAAUUCAGUGUAGUAAUAUUUUCAGACGUUUUCCAAUAAGUGUGUUGAAGCAUACAUCUUUACGCUGCUAAUAUGUCUAAAUACAUAUGUUAUCCCUUGAUUUUUUUUAAAUAAUUGAGAUCUCUAUUUAUUUAUGGGAUUAUUAAGUUCUGAUGAAAAUAUAAAUGUUGAACUAAUCAGCAUAGUAAACUGUUUUUAAAAUUUCAUACUUCAUGCCCACACUAAUUAUUGUUAUUUCCAGUGAUUGCUAAUUUCCAUUUGAUGAAGAACAAUAACUUACCUAUUUACAGCUUUUUAAAAAAUGUUAGUUAUAUCAAUCCAGUGAUUGUCUAAUUUACCCAGGAAUCCUUGGAUAUGAUUUUCUGGGUACAGAAGUGGAUGGGAAGGGGAAUGAUAAAAGAACAAAUUAUGAAAGUUGCAAAUAUCUUUUAAAAUUAAGUAUAUGAAAGUAAACGUAUUUAAGAAGAACAUUUUCUAAUGAACUUUUAAUAGUAAUUCUAGUUAAGUCAUACAAAUAUAACUACUAUACAGAAAAUGAAAAUUUUCUUUUUCUUUCUUUUUAACCAGAAAGUGCAUUUUCUUGGGUAUAGUCCUAAAGUACAAGGGAACAGUGCCUUUCAGUCUUUGCCCACUGUAGAUAGGCUGAGGCUAGAUCUUUGUACCACUGCAAACUUACAAGUUUUUCAAAUGUAGAAAAUGGGGGGGUGGCAAGGGGGUUUGUUGGACUUCAGCAGAGUACCCAGGUAGACAAUACUCUCUCAAUUGAUAAUACUUCAAAGUACCCAAUUGUGCCUCAGUCUUGAAAAUUCUUGCCAACAAAGAGCAGCGGCAAUUCUUGACUGUUUUUUUGCUCUGCUCAAACUGUCGCCAUCCUGGUUUUCCCUUACUCAGGAAGGAAGCAGCUGUUUCCUUGCCAACAGGUCCUGCCUCUCCAUCUCCCACCAAAGUAGGGCACCAUCAGUUAGACAGAGGUACAUACAGUGUGACUCGGAUUUCUGGUAGUGAGCACCAACAGGACUGUCAGCUGUCUAACCUCUGUGGUUAAAGCUACAGGUGGAGUUGACUGCCUUGGGAUCCUGGUUAAUUAAGAAUCAAUAAUUUGUAAGAGAAAAAUCAAUGUAGAAUUAGUAUUAUUUAACUUAGGUAUUUUUUGUUGUCGUUAGCACAGAAUUGUGGGAUAUUCUUUACUUUGCCUUUUAUGAUUAAGAAUAGUGAGAGGUUUUUGUUUGUUUGUUUGUUUUUUUAAUUUCCUUAUCAUACCUCGAUAAGUAGGUAGGUAGAUAGAAAGAAAGAAAUUGUAGACAGGCAGACAAAAUGGGAAGGAGAAAAAAAAAUAAAAAGACUCACAGAGAGACCAAGAUAAAAACUCUGUCUUAACUUUAAGUUAUUGCCUACAGCAACUUUUAUGUGGAAUUUUUACAGCUAUGAGAAUAAAUGGGACUGGUCAACUCUUGACAGUUGCCUAAAGUUUCAAUGAAAUUAUACUGAGGGUAAGAGUGUGUCCACACAUUUAAAGUUUUCUGUACCAGAUAAUAGUUAGCUCUAGUGCUGACUGUGUUCCUCAAUUCAAAUCUAUAUAUCCCACUUUCUACUGGGUACCUUGACCUGCUUCCAGUAGUACUUUAACUUCAGCAUCUUAAAACUAAAUUUAUUAUCUUAUCACUUAACCCGUUCUCUCAUUACCAUGUUGGCGCUGCCCAAUUUCCUAAACUGGAACCUGUGGAGGCAUCUUUGACUUUCCCUUUCCUCUGUCACGUAAGGGUUGCCACCCUGACCUUGGCUACCAUCAUUUCUCAAGGCUUCGGAAACAGCCUUCUGACUCCCGCUGGUGCCCGUUACAUUUACCCAUGUAUUCUCCAUACAGUAACUAGGGAGCCUCUUAAAAUGGUGCAUCUA